UAUAAAUUAAAAUGUUUGCGGCUUGCGUGAAUAGUUGUGAUACUUAGACACAAUAGAAUGCCUGGUCUUCCUCUUUCACUGAAGUGCCCGGAUUACACUGUUGUGUCCUAAUUUGGGAUGUCUAGAUACUGGACUGUUUAUUUUAAAAAUUUCAACAUAGUGGCUGCGUCGAAGGCUCUGCGAUUGAGUCUUUUGGUUGAUCAAAACAGACUUUUGGAAUUUGUUCAGCAUAUUUAUGCAGAUAGUGUAGACCUGUGUUGGCUGAGCUUGUCAAAUUGUCCUGAGAGGGUGAUUUGCACUGAAUUUGUGGAGAAGUGGCUUGCCUGCUUCAUCACUUUAGCCAAACAGCAGUGAUAUUUCAGUGUAUGUCACUUUCAAGGGUAUUUCACUUCAGUCAUUUUGAACUGUCCUUGGAGAAGGCUUGAUGUGCAAAAAGGCACAUCAUUCCCCGCGUUUCUAAAGAUUUUCAAGUUAGAGGUAGAAAUUCUAUGUUUUUCUAGACCAAAUGGCUCAGUGUCCGUGUAGGACAAGAAAACAUCUGAAUUGAGGCCAGUGGGGAAAUCCAAACUAACUUCACUCAACCAUUGGGGAAUAAGCUGUGUGAGAGCAAGUUCUUACAAGCAGGCCUCUUGGCCCGUUUCCUGUUUUGUUGUAUAUUUAGACAGCCAAGACUCCACCCAUUUCUGUGAGCCAGAAAACUUGAGUACAGAGGGGCAGUUUUAUGAAAUGUUUGCACUUUCUGAAUGGCUCUUUGUCCGGAGCAAGGUCUAGUAGUUGAAUGCUUUUUUUUUUCUCCUUUAAACUUUAAACCUUUCUCCAGCAGAGGAAGAAAGAGGCUGAAGGGGGCUGUUUAGGCAGCUAUAAGGGGAUCUUCAAGCGGGUGGAAAGAGAUUAAACAAAAGAAACAGGAUUGGCUUCCUACCUUCCUAAUGUGAAAGGAACGCAUAUGGUAGGGAAGAGAAAUGGAGGAAUACAGUAGGAGCUUAUGUACAAGAAGGAUACUUUAUGGAGUAAGGUUAAGCUGCUCGUGCCGUAAGGAACAAGUAAGGAACAAAACAGAAGCUCCACGUUCAUCAUGUGAUUGGCUCAGUUUCGGUCUUAACGGUGGUGUUUACGAAGCCACUGCUGGGCGGUGUGCAAGUCAGUUUGUUCUGUCGUCUUGUAUAUGCAGCCAGUUGUCUAUCCAGCAGGCCAUAGCAAACCAAGGUUAAUGUGUUAUUUGAACCCAGUCUUGUUCGCAUAUUGUGCUACGCCAUAAUUUGAUCUGUCUGGUCUUGAUUAAAUAUUAUAUAUCAGUCUGAUCGGCUGUGGCUCUCUCGGCCAAUCACGGCCGAGGUGCAGAUCUUGUCAUUUAUUAAGGAGCAGUUGCUAGGAUGCACUGGCCUGUAUUUCACCUCUUUUUUCUGAACUGCUCUCAAAUGCCUGAUGUUGGAUUAGGCAGCCCUUGGCAAUCUAACCCAGGAAUUGUUUGUGUGGAUACGCUACUGAGGAGUUGGAUUUGGGCAAGGAACAUGGCAUUGUUGGGAGCUUGGCAAAAGCAAUAUGCCCCUUCGGUCUUUGAAAAAUACACAACCAAUGUCACCCUGGGGAAAAAAGAAGUCGUCUUACAUUUGUAUGAUACUGCAGGACAAGAAGAUUAUGAUCGCUUACGGCCACUCUCGUACCAAAACACUCAUGUGGUUUUGAUUUGCUAUGAUGUCAUGAAUCCUUUUAGUUUUGAUAAUGUAUUAAUCAAGUGGAUCCAGGAAGUGAACCACUUCUGCCGCGGAAUCCCCAUCCUCUUGGUGGGUUGUAAAACUGAUCUCCGGAAAGACAAAGAACACCUCAAAAAGCUCCGUUCUGCUCAACAGGAACCGAUCACUUACAAGCAGGGUGAAGAAGCCUGUAGCCAGAUCGGUGCCAGCAUGUACCUCGAGUGUUCAGCCAAGUUUCGGGAAAACGUUGAGCCCAUUUUCAGCGAAGCGGCUAGCAUAGCUUUGAACGCCAUCAAGAAGGCCAAACGCCAGAACAGAUCAAGGCCUUGCGUCCUCUUAUGACGACGUGAAACUGGACAGAGGAAGAGAGUUAACUGUUCUUCUUCCUUCCAUGAUAUCCAAGGAAGCAUUUGUAGGUUUCCGUCUGGACUUGAAAAGAGACUUUACAUUUGGAUUGUAACAGGAGGAGAAACGUCUUUAUUAACUUCUGCUUUUGCAGCCAGCGGUGAGAAGUUUCACUAGGAUGCAGCUUUUCCUUUCCCAGGUGUUUUUUUUUUUUACUUCCAGAAGAUCACUUGCUACUUGCUAUUUAUGCCUUUAAACUAUUUUUGCUGUGCCUUUAAACUAUUUCUAGUUGACGGUUGGACUCUUUAUGUCAAUUUUCCAUGUUUCUGUCUUGGUAAUGCUCUGAACUGUACUUUAAAAUAUUUUUUUUCACUUUAAUAGAAAAAUAAAA